AUGCCUUCCAUAGACUCUUUCGAUUUCUUCAUCAUAUCUCUCAGCAAAACGUUCUCCUCUCCUUUCGCCGUUUUCGUUCAGGCCCAGGGAUGUCUAAUUUGCUUACUCCUUGCUAUUGGGUGGGCUUGUGCUGCUUGUGUCAGGAACAGAGAGAUAAAUCGAAUAAAGAAUAGUAUGCGGAAUGGCAAUAGCUUUGCUUUCCUUUGUAAGGAUAUUAAUGAACUUGAGCACUCCAAUCAGGUCAACCUGCCAAGAGUAACAGUAAUUAUGCCCCUAAAAGGGUUUGGAGAACACAAUCUCCAUAAUUGGAGGAGUCAGUUAACAUCUCUCUAUGGUGGCCCUCUAGAAUUUCUUCUAGUGGUAGAAAGUACAGAGGAUCCUGCUUACCAUGAGGUAUCAAGACUAAUAUCAGAAUUUGAGGAUUCUGUUGAUGCUAGGAUUGUUGUAGCUGGUUUGUCAACAACUUGUAGUCAAAAAAUUCACAAUCAACUGGUUGGAGUGGAGUCAAUGCACAAAGACAGCAAGUAUGUAUUGUUUUUGGAUGAUGAUGUUAGCCUACAUCCUGGAUCAAUUGGAGCCCUCACUCGUGAGAUGGAAAAGAAUCCUGAAAUAUUUAUUCAAACUGGAUACCCUCUUGAUUUGCCAUCUGGAAGUCUAGGGAGUUACUGCAUCUAUGAAUACCAUAUGCCUUGCUCAAUGGGCUUUGCCACUGGUGGAAAAACAUUCUUCUUGUGGGGAGGGUGCAUGAUGAUGCAUGCUGAGGACUUUAGGCAAGAUAAUUCUGGUGUAGUUUCAGGACUUCGAGAUGGUGGAUAUUCUGAUGAUAUGACUCUUGCAGCCAUAGCAGGGGCUUACAAGAAGCUCAUUUCUUCUCCUGCGGUUGCUGUCUUUCCUCAUCCCCUUGCAACUGAUCUUAAUUUUGGAAGGUACUGGAAUUACUUGAGGAAACAAACAUUUGUUUUGGAGUCUUAUGUUACGAAAGUUAACCGAAUAAUGAACCGUGCAUUAUUUGCUGUUCACUGUUACUUGUCAUGGGGAUUUGUAGCACCAUACUUUAUGGCAAUGGUUCAUGUAUUGGCAGCACUAAGAUAUCACGUUAUGGGGUACUCGCUUGAAGAAAUGAACAGCACUUCUGGUGGGUUAUCAAUGGUGUGCUUCCUAGCCAUAUGCACUCUUAUCGAGCUUCUUUCAAUGUGGAACUUGACAAGGAUUGAAGUUUUACUUUGCAAUAUUUUGUCCCCAGAGGCACCCCCACUUUCUCUUGCUACCUAUAACUGGUGUCUUGUGUUCAUUGCAAUGCUGGUGGAUAACUUUCUAUACCCGCUUUCUGCAAUUCGUUCUCAUUUCUCUCAAUCUAUCAAUUGGUCUGGUAUUCGAUACUAUUUGAAAGAUGGAAAAGUCAGCAAGAUAGAAAGAACUCCAAGAAGCAAGGAUAUGGGUCCAGUUUUCACAGACUUGGCAGGAAAGCAUUUACAUGGAAAGAAAGGGUUGCCUUCCAAAGGCUCAUUCUCAUUCCUCAGUUCUUUGUCCAGAAGUUUGCUACAAUGGCGUCAACCCAAGAGAUCUGAUUAACUAGGAAAAAGCUUCAUUCAGCAUACAAAGUCUGCUUAACUUUUUGAAUCACUUAUGGGGGUAGCCUGUGACCCUUUGGAAGCAAGGGUGUUGGUUGAUCAAUUGGUCUUAUUUUAUUGAUUGGUGACUCAUUAUUGAUUGUUUAGUGUGGUAUAAUCCUUAUUCCAUUUUUAUUUUUAUUUUUAUUAGCCAUUCAUGAUUGAUUGUUUAGUGUAAUAUAAUCCUUGUUCCAUUUGUUUUUAGCCAUUGAAUCCAUAAGAUUUUCAGCCCUAGCC